ACAUUUGUUGAUGCCAAAUAAGAACAAUGCCGGAAGUGCUUCUCUGCUCUCUGAUGUUUUGGUUUAGAUGGUUUAGAUGAGAUAAUAGUCAGAUAAAUUAAAUGAAAUCAGAGUUGAGAUGGAGUCUGUUUUCGUGAGGUUUGAGUCUUAUGACUUCGAGGCUGAUCUGCGGUUUCAGGACGGUCUGAAGGAUUUAAACAAGUUCAACAACAGCAGGGAGGAAACCAAACUGCUGGACCUGAAACUCUUCUUUUAUAACAGGUUUGUGGAGCCCAUAGACCGGAGCAGCUACCAACAGUGGGCUCGUGCGACUCCGAUGGCCUGUGGUGUUGAGCAGCUGGACCAGAGGACACUUUCAGACUCUGACGUCAGUCCAAACCAGACUGCAGAGACAGAAGCCAAGCAGCUUUCCUUUGCGGAUGUGAUGCGACUUGUUCAGGAGGGGAAGGAAGUGCCUGGAGCAACAAAACUGGACAUAAAAGCAACCAACGAGAGUCCCACUCCUUCUCAGAUGCAAAGGAGACUGAAACCCUGGGAAAUAUCAUCAGUUCCCAAGUGACCUUUCACUCUUUAUAGCUUUUUUUUAUUUAAUUUUUUAAUAAAGAGCAUGACAAAUUCCAACUACAUGACAUAUUAUUAUGACUAGGACUAAGGUUUGCACGAAAAUCAGGAAACGGGUAAAUUCCACCUUAAAAUAAGUACUUACUAAUGUGAGCUUUGUGCCCCAACUUCUUCUGCUUGCCCUCAAUUGCUCUCCUUAUUUGUACUUUACUUGAGUAUUUCCAUGUUGCAUUUCAAUGCAACGUUAUACUUAUUCUACACUACAUUUCAGAGAGAAAUAUUGUACUCUUUACUUCUGUUCAGUUACUCUACAGAUUCAGAUUAAUACAAAAUUUACAAGCGGCAGGAAAUGGGUUUCCUCAUGAGGGUGGCUGACGUCUCCCUUAGAGGUAAGGUGAGAAGCUCAGUCAUCCGUGAGGAACUCAGAGUAGAGCCGCUGCUCCUUUGCGUCGAAAGGAGCCAGUUGAGGCGGUUUGGACAUCUGGUAAGGAUGCCCCCCUGGACGUCUCCUUAGGGAGGUGUUCCAGGCACGUCCAGCUGGGAGGAGGCCUCGGGGAAGACCCAGGACUAGGUGGAGGGACUAUAUCUCCAACCUGGCCUGGGAACGCCUCGGGAUCCCCCAGCCAGAGCUGGUUAAUGUGGCUCGGGAAAGGGAAGUUUGGGGUCCGCUGCUGCCCCCGGCGACCCGACCCCAGAUAAGCGGACAAAGAUGGAUGGAUGGAUGGACAAAAUAUAAGUCAACUAAUAAUAAAUUAUGUUGUAUCAUUAUAAGCUACCCAGCAGUAUUAAUCAUUAAAUGAGCUCCAUCUUUACCAGCUGCAACAUUAGUGAUGUUUACACAUUAAUGCAUCACUAAUGAUUUAUAAUCCAGUGAUAUAAUAUAUGAUUCAUAUAUACUUUUUGCAUUUUAAUUGCAUGUGCAAUUUGAUGCUAAACUAUGAAUUUGAAUGUAGUGUUUUUACUUGUAACAAAGUAUUUUUACACUGUUGUUUUGCUAUUUUUACUCCAGUAAAAUGUCCGAGUACUUCUUCCACCAAUGCAAGCGUCUGCAAAUGUACUGUACAGACAGUGAUCUUUGAAUCUGUGCAUCAUGCAGCCCCUCUGUACCUGAAAGAGCUGUUCAGGUGGGCUUUACAACCAGCCGCUAAUAGGUGCACACACAGUCAGAAGCGAAGCAUUCAUGAGCGGUCUGCAGUAUUAUAGUAACACUGUCUGGAAUCAGUUCAACAGGUCUACAAGGGAAUAAAGUAGUCCACAGGCUGUCAAAUGGACACCAGGACACUUGAUCAAUACACACACCCAUCUGCAGUUGGGACAGGAUGUAGGUCCACAGGAGGCAGAUGAGCUCAACAUAAAGCCACUGAUUCUCUCCCAGCAUCAGAUCCCAAAUGAUGUGUGGAGAACAAUGUUGACCUCUUUUGGUGGAAUAAAGGUGCUUUCAGUUUUACCAUGUAUAAUGACUUAAUAUUUUUAAGAAAAAGCAGAGGUUAUGCAGCU